AUGAUGGGAGAGCAGGAGAACGUUCGUUUCCUUUCCCCCACUGGAAUUGUGCCGUUCGCGGCGGACUCACCGCGGGGAUCAGAUGUGAUUCGCCGCUCAUUUUCUCUGCCCGCAGCAACCGUAACUUUCUCGCUUCGGCAACUCAAUCGCGACAAGUGCGAAAUUGCCACACCAGUAGCCGUCGAGAACUGUUUCCAAGUGUUGCAACGGCACUUUGAACCCUAUAUCUCAGCUAGUGCGGUUUGCAACACUUGCCUCCCGGGUAGCAGGCUUUAUUUGCGAUUUAACAAACUUACAAAUGCUACCUUUCAUUCGGAGCCCUCCUUACUGAACGUAUAUGUUUACGCAGUAGAUCAAGCAGAGUCACGGACCCGUGCACUUCAUGGCGCGGUGCGUGAGUGGCAGAGUAUGAUGAAGACAAGUACGGAGGGGAGUUGUUUAGUUAUGCUUUAUCACCAGGAUCUUGUUGAUGCAACGUCAACAAGUGCCGUGCAAGCUGCGGUUUUCGGUGGCGAAAUAAAAAUGCCAGAUCAACGCAAGGCAGAGGCAGCUGCCUCUGCCAUGGGACCUUAUUUUGAUGAACUGGGAGCGAUGAAGUUUGGACCACAGCAAAUGUGCUCUUAUUUACCCAAUGAGGCCCCUACCCGCAUAAUCGAGCGGUUAACUGCUGCGUACCGUAAUCUCACAAUACAACUGACUAAUAUCUUCAACGCUUCACAGCAGCGGAGACCCGCCUAUACGCCUCGCGGAGACACAGGUUUGAAUUCCCCUCCAAAUGAAGCAUGGAGCUUACAGAGGUGUUGGCGUGCCGGGUACGAUUUGGCUGCGCAUUAUCUUCAAUUUGGUGCUGUAAACAAGGCAAUGGCCAUAUUUUCCCGGAUGUUUGAUGUGUACUACUAUCAUUCAGACGAUUACAAUUUUUUGACGAAGAAAGAGUCAAUUGAACAAUUGAUAAGAUUAAGCGACAUGUUUCAUCCUGCAUCUUUCCCGGUCCAGCAGGGUAGAUACCCCUCUGUUUUGCAAGAUGCCGCAGAACCUGGCGCUGGCCUCCUUUUCAUUGUAGUGUGUGAGAUGAAGUGUGCCUUGCUGUUGGAGAGGCGCGAUUUGGCCUUUGCUCGCUUUAAUUCAUUUUUACAGUUAGCGCGAGAGAAAUUCGCUGAAGAUGGUGAAUCUACCAAGGUCACUAACUCCUUGCAAAUUGUUUUCCUGCUUCGUUUUGCUAUAACUGCGAUGCAAACGAACUGGGCUCAUAAUGGGGCGUUGGAUGACCAUUCUGAAGCAAGAUGUGAUGGAUCAGAAGCAUCGUUAAGCGAACGCCAGCAGUCGCAUGAGUCUUCGCAACGGAAUCAACCGCACCCACAGCAGGCGCAAUCGGUGACUGAUAUGAGCUCGCCUCUGAGAAGUGGUGAUCAACCCCACGACUCUAUUAGUGUGUCGGUGUUUUCCGGCAACAGCUCUAUGUCGAUGCCUUGGCCAGAUGCCGAGGUGGAAUUAGGCAAAGAGGUGAUUCACGAAACCGUUGAUGUUGAUCAGUCGCCAGACACCACCAAACGACUGAAAGAACUAUGCAGAAUGCUUAAACUAGAGUGGGUUGAAAAAAGCGUGGAAAGUGGUGGCGAUAAGUUGUUCGUUCAGUUGGCAGAUGAGGUAUUGGAGCUAGUUUCUGAUGCAGGUGCUCUUCUCGGCUAUAGUGAAACCGGUGAAGUGGUGAAGGAAAGUGCAGUCGCAACAUUUGGGGUUCCAGAGGUAGAUUCCGUUGAUGCCUUUGUUUCGUUUUACCGAGCGCUCACUGAAGCAGUAGCGCUCUACUACCGCCUUCUCAACUAUCGGCACCGCGAACACGCACUCCUUUACAAAUUAGCAUGUUCGUUUUCCGUAAAAGAACCCGAAAAAACAGUGAGGCUAUGCCAGAUUUGCCUCCUUCCAUUUGUACAACAGUGUGGAUGGCUCCAACUCCAGGUAAUCAUUCACCGCCUUUUGGUGGAGGCCAUGGAACGUGUCAUAUGCCAACGCAAAGAUCAGCAGCGGUUCGUACUUGAAGAAGAUGUCACUUCAAUGAAGGAGUCACUGUUGCGUCUCAUCGCCGCGUGUGGAGAAAAUGAACCGUUAAAACGGGAGAUUGAGAUGCUGGGGGGAAAAGGGUUGAAUGCAGGGUCACUGUGGUGUCGCUUGCGGCGCUUCAUGAGGGACGAGGGUUCGUUCCGUUUUUCACUUACAGAAGAAAAUGGACCGAAGCAGGUAUACGAUGAUGAAGGGGGUUCUGAUGAGAAUGCCGUUGGUUUAUCGUGCUUCAAACUAACUGGUUUAUUAAAAUACGCACAAGCCACUUGUCUGCGUAACAAGCCUAUAUUGGGUGAUGCGAGUGAGUUUGGACUACUUGUCGCAUCAAAUGGUGGUGGCGACGACGGUAGUAGGGGAUCAUCUAUUGGGCUGCAAGUUAACAUUGGUGAUACACUAUAUCUGUGCUUUGAGGCGCGUUGUCUGUUCAACAUCCUUGAGUGUGAUGAUGAGGAAGAGCAAUCACAGGGACCCCAUAUGACUGAAUCUCUCGUUCCCAGCGCUACGCUGGUGUCGAAGAAAGAUUGGGACGAUGAUGAUGAAACAAUCCAUAUCGUGGACGUUGUGGACAUUAUAUCCACUUACUAUUCGGAACAGAACCAAAAAGUACAGUGGGUGUGGGAAUUUAGGGCCUGUCACGCGGGUAAUUACCGUCUUCAUGAUAUAACGUUCCAGGUAGGUGUGACAAAACUUGUGUACGAGCAUAACGUAAUUCCCCCUCUUCCUUCUGUAGAGAUGUUUACCCCUACCGAAACUACAGGCUCUCCCUUGAACAGCUUCCGUUGUGACUUCGAUAAGGCGGAAACUGUGGCUUUGGGAUGUCUUUUUACAGUUCCAGAACCGGAUUUGGGUAUUAAGAUGCAAUUGGCACCCGUAGGGGAGCCGCAUUGCUUUGGCGAUUCGCUAACCUUCUUUGACGUCCAAAUUGAUCUGGAGGAGCCAUUGCUUUGUAUGAGGAGCACACCCGCUUCAACUGUGGACACAGCAGGUAUCGGGGGAGGAAAAGAUAGUCACACAACCGUUAACUCAAUUGGUGUCGUGGGAAAUACGUGUAGGUUUGAGUCCCUUAGUUUGCAAGUGCCUGCAUCUCUCGGUGUAAGAACGUUGACAGAUGGCGGAACUUGUACGAUGUUGUCAUUGGAUUGUCGCUCUACGCUAAAUGACACGGCAACGUCUACAACGAUGUCUGUGCAACAUGACUCGUCGACACUGGCCUGCCUCUUCCUGACGCGGCCGAAGAAUUGUCCACCCUUGCGACUGUCAAAUCAAUGCACCUCUGUUUUACAGGGUUUGACCCGUAGUGGAAGGGGUAACUCUGCGCCGCUCGUGAAUGACGUGAUCGCGUGGCUUGUGGAAGGUGAUGGGCAGAGGGACAGUUCGCUCCUUAUUGUCCGUGUCAAGCACAUCACUGGUGCUUUUACCACUGUUCCCAUUAACGAGAGUUUUGUCAUGUCACAACUCCCACCCGUUGUCACACGUGACGGAGAGAACAGUACCGAUGGUGAGACCACAAAAAAAAUUGAUAGGAUUGCGCAAGAUGUACUUCCUGUACACUUGGAUGGUAGCAUUUGGCCACACCGAAAGCAGCAAAGUUGCUUCCGUAUUUGUCUAGAUGACCAUGAUGAGGAAAAAAUUGACAUGCAAAAGCAAAGUAAAGCAGUGGGGGACAGUAACAAAAGUGGUGAGGGGCUGCCGAUACAAACCAACCAGCUGCGCUUGUCGCUACCUUUGCUUCCCUUAUAUACGACACUGUCCGAAGAACGUGCGCAUCUGUCCAUCUGUCGCGAGGGUCAUAUGGACCCCAGUGGCGGCGACAACCGUGUCAGCGUUCCCAUUCCCUACAAAAUGACAGCAGCUUUCGCUGUGCAAUACUCUUUCAAGUGCCAUCAAGGUCGCGUUUACUGUCUUGUGCGAGCGAAAAAUGUGAUGAAGGGAACAUCGCUUUGGCUUCGCGGCGCGCUACUUGAGUUAGUGGAUGGGGAUCGGUAUUAUGAACUGUCCCGCGUGUCGUCUGCUCUGGAUCACUUGAUGUUACGUGAGUGGAAGCCGGAGGAGUCGGUUCACUUGUUCUUCGAACUUGCACCUUCGUCCAAUGCGCCACCGCAGGUGGAUGAGAGACGCCACAGUGUAAGGGUGCAGUUAAUUUAUUCCAAUUGGUCUGUAACGGAGAGGCUGAAACCCAUGGAAGAGUAUAUCCUACGACCAAUCCGAUCUUCUGGCACCAAAUUACCUUCCCCUAUGGCGGAAACUGCCCAUUUUUCCGGUGUGAUGAAGAGCAGUAGCAACUGGAUGGAGCACACUAACGAUACUCCACUGAGUCCCGCUUCGACAGAAACUCUGGAAGCGGAGAUAGGAGAUGAACCGGAGGUAAAUGCGGAGGUGGUGCGGGUUCAGUACGAUAUUUCUCAUUUAGAAAAGUUGUACAGUUCGUGUAACACAUUUAACGGUCCUCUGGCGAGUUUUACAUCCAAGCAUUCAUGCCUCUUCAACGUUGAUAUUACCGCACAACCUCUCACGUGGAGUUCGGCGGGCCCAAACAAGACACCCAAGUCGAUUUCUCUGGAGGCAAACAGAUCCUCUCUCGGAUGCACGAUUGAGUUUACUGACGGGCCCGGCGCCAGGUAUCUACCGGGUGAUUGUGUUUUCCCCGUUGGUGAGCCCGUUCAAUUCACCGUUACAUUAGAUCCUCUUGCACACAACUGGCCGGAGGACAGUGCGAGUGAAGAGGAGUUCAUCGUCUGUCUAAAGGUUGACCCCGCAUUUUGGUUUGCGGUUGGUAAACAAAGGUUGCGGUGCAGGCUGUCCAUGAUGGAGGAAACGGUUCUUCGCUUCACGGCGAUACCUCUACCACCGGGGGAAGAAGGCACGCACCGUGCAGUGUCGGUCGAUUAUCCCCUCCAUCAAUAUCAAGUGAUUGGAAAUAUCCGAAAGAAGGGCAGUGAUGAGAGGGUUGAAGGCGAAUUCAAUGUUCCCACACCAACAGUUGAACUCCACUCGAUACCGCGUCAAAGUGUAAGUGAAACCGACGGAGCGAAACAAGGGGAAAAUGUGGCUAUUGAAGUGGUUCAGUUCAGUGCGCUCAUGCGAAUACGACAACAACAAUGA